AUGCUCACACCGGUCUUCUGGAUCAUUCAUAUUCGUUUUUACAUGUUGAGGGAUUCCGAAGGCAACGAAUUGCUCGUCGAUCAGGAGAUUCCGAGUGCUGAAACGCCAAAAAGUGAUACGGAAAUCAAGAAAUUCGGUUAUGGAUUCGGAUGGACGAAGAUUGGAAUCAUCGAGAGAUUACGAGGAGAAAUUGGGAAUCUAGUGGAUAUUCAGAAUCCAGAAGACGUCGAAAUUCAGAUUGGAAUUCUGAUGAAGGUAUGCGGGGAGAAAUUUUGA